UGAUCUCACGAACAUAACCGGUGUGUCAACAAUCACCUACACACUCUGUCUCAAAUAUCAACUCGAAGAGAACGUCCGAGUGACUAAGGUUUGGAAACGAUUCCUCUUAUUCAUGUCUUUUAGUUGGAUGUUAGUCCAGCUUUCUGUGGGUUAUUCGAUGUGGGGAUUUCUUGGUACUUGCUUGUUUAUCUUGGCCUUUUUACUAUUUGACGCAGCUCAUCCGCUUGGACACUUAUUUUAUGCACUCUUCAACAACUACAUUGCUCUGUAA